AUGAAGGUGUUUGUAAAGAUUAAGGAUCCAUUCCAAACAAGAGACUUCAUGCAAAGUUUCACAAAGAGUAAACCAAUUAAUUUGAUGCUAUAAAAAGAGAUUAGAGAUCUAAAGAAAUCAGAAGUGCUAAUGGAGUUGGCAACUAUUCAUAAAUAGCCUAAUGUCACGGUUUAAAAUCAUCUUAGAAGAAAAUCUUUACAUUCUAGGAAUGCUUCUGACACAACAUUGAAAUAACUGUCAACAAUGAAACAUUAAAUAUCUAAAUAAUCAUCAAACAAUGCAGUAACUGAUGUAAAAACAGAGCAAUCUCAAAAUAUGCUAAAUGGGAUAGCUGUAGGCAACGCCAUAUACUCCCCAUAUAGCUUUUAUGCCAAGCAUUAACCUCUAUCCCCCUCAUUUUUGCAGAAUAUUUAAUCAGUAUCAUAGAUUGAUCCCUCUUAGCAUCAUUCAAUUCACAUUAAAAAUGAAGACUAAUUGCAACACAAUCUUUAUUAAAGUGUUCAACUUUCAACCCAAGUUAAACCUUUUUUAAGAGAUAGUAUCUCAAAUAAAAAAUCGAAUUUUUAUAGAGUAGUAAAGAUCAAUGGCGGCGGAGAAAUUUCUUAAACAACUGAGUAAAAGUCUCAGACAAUUUUUAAAUCAAAAAGUCAAUAGACGUUGAUAAGAAAUUAAUAAAAUUUCUAGAGACUGAGAUCUAGCAAACAACCCAGGCAAGACUAUCAAUUUGAGAAAAGACUAAAUCUGAAUCUUAGCAAAAUAUCUAUUGGCGGAGAUAAAUUUUAGGAUUCUCAAAAUAUAAGGAUAGGAAAGAAUCUAAUAAGCGGAAAAGAAUAAAAUUAUUUUAAGAUUCAAACUGAUUUAAAUUACAGAGGAUAUGAAAAUAAGACGCCUUUGUCUAAACUACUGAAAAUUAGAUAAGAUAAUGACAAAAUUAAGCCACACGAGAAAGAAGAUGAAGUCGAAUGCAGAUUUUUGGUAAAGUCACCUAGCCAUUUAAAAAAUUUAAUAUCAGAAAAAUUUGUAUAAAUGUAAACUAAAAAGCAUUCCCCAUCUAAAUCUGAAAUUGCUGACUCAAAAAAUAAUUCUAUGCUCUAAAGCAGUCCCAGCAGGGCACAUAGUCCUUAGAAGAAAAAAGAGAUUGAAAGAGUACUUGAGAUAUCAAAGAAGGCUAAAUACAUAAAUAAACUAUCAAGAGUGGAAUAAAAGUUCCUAACUAAAUUUAUAAAAGCACUAAAUUAAUAAGGCAGCCCUGAAAAAGAGGAAGAAGUCGAAAGUGAUGAGAGUAAACUUGAAUAAAAUCCUUUUAUGAAUAAAGUUAUGGAGGAGAAACUAAGAAGGUAGGCAGAGAUGAUUUAACUAUUGUCAAGUGAAAUAGAAAAUUCACAUGAUUUAGUGCAAAAAAAAUUAAAGAAGUAGCCUCCAAAACCUCAAUAGAAUAUGAUGAAUAAAUUUGCUAUGAAGCUUAUUGUAAAUAUGAGAAGAUUAUCAAAUGAAUUUGAUCCAGAGAAUAAAUUAUAAAAAAUGAUUCAGUAGAAAGAAGGUGGGGAAAAGGUGAAAGUUUUUAAGAAGAACUAUGCCUAAAAUUUGUUUGGAAAUAAGGACAAUACUGAUUUAGACUAAAUAGAAAAAAGAUACUUAUCAUGGGAGAGUAGAAUAGGUAAUGAAAAAGAUAUCCAGCUUUAGAUAAAACCUUAUGACAUGCUAGGAAAAAUGAUCAGCAACCCUAAACCCAUUGACACAACUGCAAUUCCUUAGGUUAAAAAAUUAUUGAAUAGAUUUCAGAAUAGACAGAGUCAUAUUAACAAUGAGAAAAUGAAAAUGAUCAAAAUUUAGUAGAAUAAUUUUGGUGUGGCUGAGAGAAAAAUAUUUUCUGCUCAAAAUACUCAGAGAGAUCAAACAAAAGAAGAACCAAUUCAAAUCUCGCUGAUGAAAAAAUAUGAAGGAAAUAUAGAUCUAAUAAACAUGAUUAAGCAUAAAAAAAUUAGGGAUGUGUACAAGGUAUUGAAGAAAGGUGAAUAAGAUGUUAUGUUUUAGAGAGAUUCUAUUGGAAUGACACCUUUUCAUUGGGCUUGCAAGAGAAAAGACAAGAUUGCAGCUCAACUUUUGCUUAACUUUGAUUCACCUAUAGAUGAAAAAGAUAUGUUUGGAAGAAAACCUAUUGAUAUUGCUAGAUAUUAAGAAAAGGAUUCCAUUAUUAGAGUAAGAUUACUGAUUAAUUACUAAAAAUUUAGAUGA